AUGGAUAAAUCAUUAGAAGAUAGAUUAUAUGAGUCCAUAGUUCUAGAAGACCAAGAUUCUAUUUUAAGUUUAAUUCUACAAGGUGCUAAUCCAAACAAAAUAACUAGCCAUGGUAAAACGUGUUUGGGAGAGGCAGCUAAUAUUGGUAAUAUGAGUAUAACAAACCAGUUAAUUGAUGCUUGUAAGUCUAACUAUCUACAAAACAAGAAUGCUACUCAAACUUAUUCUAAAAAACGUCAUGUAAAAUUGCAUAAGAGAAAGCUUCGUGGUUCUACACAACAUGAUGAAACAGUCAUAAAGUACAAAAACCUCAAUGACAGAACAUUUAGGAGCAGUUCCAUGACUGAGAGUAGUUCUGUACUACAAGAUAGUCAAAAGUCAGAUAAAAAUCAAGGAUACUUUGUUUUUAUACAUAGUGAGGGCUCAAGCAGUGAUGAAAGUAAAAUGUGUAGUUUAAAAUCACCAGUGAGCCCAUCUUCUCUUGUUUCUUCACCACAAGCAGAACUUGAAUGGGACGAGGAGACAGCUAAUGUUGCUCCUACUACCAGUGAAGAUGAAACAUGGUCAUCUAUGUAUAAAUGGUAUGCUGCUAUAUUAGAAUGUACUGGAGCUGCUAUUGCAUCUGCUUCUAUAGUUACAAAUGGAAUUGAUCAACAAGAUGCUUUCAUGAGGACAGCUCUGCAUUAUGCAGUUGAACAAGGUCAUUCAGGAAUUGUAAAACUAAUCAUUGAUGCAGGUUGUAAAGUAGAUAUAACAGCUGGUGAUGGUCUAACAUCUUUGCAUAUUGCUGUUAUGAAAAAUCAUGCAGAAGUAGUGAAACAGCUUUUAUCAGCAGGAAGUCAUGUCAACUAUAAAACACAUGAGAAAAUGACACCAUUACAUUUUGCUGCAUCUAGGGGAUUUCUUGAACUGGUAAAAAUUUUGGUGAAUAGUGGAGCUUAUUUGGAAGCAAGAGACACAAGUGAACGCACAGCACUUUAUUUAGCCGCUGGAAGAGGACAUGUGGAGGUUGUGAGGUAUCUCAUAUCAGUAGGCGCGAAUGUUAAUGGCGAAGAGAUUCAUGGUUACACACCUUUAUGUGAAGCAGUGUGGCAGAGAUAUACUAAAGUCGUUGAAGUAUUGUUAUUAUCAGGAGCAAGAAUUACACAUUCCCAUAAACUUUUGCACAAUGCAAUUAUACAGAGACAGGAAGACAUAGUAAGAAUGCUUGCAAAUAUGGGUGGUGGCAUUAAUUUACAUAAUGACAAUGGUGACACUCCGUUGCUGUUGUCUGCGCGCUUGUCUCAGCCGACCAUCGCUCAAAUCCUUCUGCAAAAGGGUGCAAAUAUAAAUUCUUGCAAUAGCAUUACUGGUGCGAGUGCUCUCCACGUAGCCGUGGAAAGUAUAAAUUGCCCAAAAGAAUUUGAAGAAUUGCUCUUGUGCUUCUUAAAGUAUAAGAUUGAUAUGAACUCUACAGCCUUAACUGGAGAUACUGCAUUAAAUAGAGCAUUGCUGCUUCAAAAAGAUCACGCAGCGGUGUUGCUGAUUCGACACGGGGCUGAUGUGAACGCUUGCGACUUACAUUCAUGUGGUUUAGACAAUCUAUCUAUAGCCAGUCGACGGCGGUCAACACAUUUAGCUAACUUGCUUCUUAAAGCAGGCCACCAUAUCUCUCAACCUGAUGCAAAUUGUACACCAAAGUGUGGUACUUCCAUGUGGCUAUACAAUGUAUGCAGGCAACCGCACAGUCUGCUAGAUAUUUGCAGGAUACGAAUCAGAAAGCUAUGUCGAAAUGGACCUUUGUACUGUUAUGUUAAUUAUCUGCCACUACCAAAGAGUCUGAAAAGAUUUCUCAUGUUGGAAGAUGAAGGUUUCUCAGACGUAUGUUUGGUUGAA